AUUUAUUUAUAAACUAAAAAAAUGACGUCUAUUCAAAACAGUUCAUGUCCAAGUUUUUGGGAAAAAGAAAACCCCGAAAAUGUAGUACGGAUCACUUCUGAAAUAUACUUCGAAUACUUUUUGAUAUUUCAGAUUUUCAAAUUAGUUUAGGGGUUGACACGUGAAGCGAUGUUCCUAAGAUGGGGGUUAAGAUUUACUAAACGUUCUCAGUUACAUAAUUCGAGUGUAUUCCUUUUUUGCAAGCAGACAUUUAAAAGGCAAUCGAGAUGGUUGCAUUUAACUCGAGAAUUUAGAUACGCUUUGGCUAAACUCACGCCACAAGAGGUGGAUACUGUGCUGACCUGUAACGAGUUCAGUUACGAAUUUACUAACGGUACUUCUGUUAAAUCGUACGAUUCAAAUCAGUUGGCUUCAAAUCAUCCCAUUGAAGAUACAAGAUCGGAAGCAUCAUGCGUACAAACUCCAGGUGUUCUAAUGGGAAUAUUCGACGGGCACGGCGGAAGCUCGUGCGCUCAAGUUAUUUCGAAACGACUCUACCAUUACAUUGCUCUGUGCUUGCUUUCGCAGAGGGAAUUGCAAAAUUACGUGGCCUCUUACGAAACGAAGCAACCUUUAGACUUGAUACAGCCUUACAACGACAAAGUGCAGUUUGUCGAAGAUGUGCGUGAUAUUUAUUUUAAUAGUUUUCGAAACUUCACGUUAGACUUAUCCAAGGAAGAUGGUCGUGAUAAUGUCGAUGUUCGUAGUGCCCUCGAGAGGGCCUUUUUAAGGCUCGACUCCGACUUGUCCAAAGAAGCUUUGCCAAAUAAAUAUUUCGGGGUUAACAUGAAAACGUUGUCGGUCGCCAUGUCUGGUGCGGUAAGUUGUGUUGCGCAUAUCGAGGGGCCGAACUUACAUAUUGCUCAUUUAGGCGACUGUAAUGCCGUACUAGGCGUGCUUAGCGAGUCGCACGCUUGGAUCGCCAACAAACUGACAAAGGAGCAUAACACUUUUAAUCCGGACGAAGUGCAUCGCAUUAUGAACGAGCAUCCGCAAAAUGAAAGUUCUACCAUAAUCAAAAUGGAACGACUGCUCGGCCAGCUGGCGCCCUUGCGAGCAUUCGGAGACUUUCGCUACAAAUGGAGCAAGCAAAUACUCAGGGACGUUGUCAUUAAACACUUCGGAGAAACGUCCAUACCUCCCAAUUACUACACUCCACCGUACUUAACGGCAAAGCCGGAAAUUAUCUAUCACAGGCUGACACCGUGUGACAAAUUCCUCGUGAUCGCUUCCGACGGUCUGUGGGAUCUGAUAUCGCCAGUUCAAGUCAUUCGUUACGUUGGCGAACAUAUGAGCGGCAAAGUGACUCUUAGUCCCUUAAAGCUACCGCGGAAAAACAUGAAGUUAGGAGAAAUAAAUGAAAUGUUACUCCAACGCAAGGAAGGAUUGAAAAUGAAACCGAAAGACCGAAAUGCGGCAACCCAUUUAAUACGCAACGCACUGGGCGGUACGGAGUACGGUAUCGAUCACGGAAAGUUAUCUCAAUUAUUAACUUUACCCAAUGACGUUAGUAGAUUAUUCCGGGAUGAUAUUACUGUUACAGUCAUUUAUUUUGAUUCGGAAUAUUUAAGGCAUUGUCCGUCGUAACUUUCAAAUGUAUACCUGCAAUAUUGUAUAUAUAUCCGUUUCAUCGUCGCUUGAAACAUGUGCCAUUUAUGUUACCCGUUAAUUGUUUUGUCCAAAUAAAUGUUUGUUAAUACAA